AUAGCAGAUGCAGUAGCAGACUAAUAACACAUGGUUGCACAGAUGACUAAAGACGAGUAAUCAAACCCGAUAACUGGAGGGGAAAACGCAGAAAACACGAUAUGCAAUAAACUCGAUAACGUAUGUUUUUUCGUGAAAACACGCGUGUAGUUUAAAUAUGUCGCAGAUAAUUGUAACUGUAUAUAAAGAGACAAGAAUAAAAGGCGUAUUGUAGUCGAUACGCGACGGCGGGUCGAGCCAGAUACAAAAUUGCGUAACGAUCGAUAAGCAAGAGCAAAAACUAUCGGGGCGCUACAUCUGCUUUAUCUGUUCUUGAUCCAUGAUCCAUCUGAUAUUGUAAAGUAGAUGGCCAAUGAAUAGGAUCGGUCAAAGUCACGAAUCUCUUCCAUGGUCAGUGGCGAUCGCGAUACUUUGAUCUUGAAGAUAUAAAGUACCGUCAGUUACAGUACAGUAAUACCCCGAAAAUUUCGUGAAAAUCGAUGCGGAACAUUGGCGAAGGAGGAAGCGCAGAUAAAGAGCGGCACUGUAUCCCUAGAGGAACAGAAGAUAUAUAACAAAAGAAGAGGAUCGAUGAGAUAGCAGUGCUUGACUCGCGAACACAGUAUAGUAAUUUGCAUCGUGUGCAUAUUUUUUAUAUUUCACACAAUGCACUGGAUUUAGUGCACAUGAUUGACGCAUCAAAUAUAUCACCGCCACUAUUUGCUCAAAGCAUAUUUCAGAUAUAAUAUUUAAGAACUACCUAAUUAGUCAAGGUUAUCGUUGAUCUGUUAUAUAUCUGCAUUAUGUUGCAAAACAUAGAUAGGGGGCUAGCCCCUAUAAAAGCACAUUAUUUUCUUUAUAAUGCUGCGACGGGACCAAUAGUGCCAUUUUUGCCAAUAAUAGCAAAGCAGCUUGGCUUUUCUGCGACAUUAGUAGGCACAAUAUACACAGUUUUACCAAUUUCUGGUUUAAUUUCGAAACCAUUGUUUGGUGGAUUAGCUGAUAAAUUCAAAUUGCAUAAAAUUUUUUUCUUAGUGUUCCAAGUUGUAUUAACAGUAGCUUUCUUCUCUAUUUCUUUCAUCCCCAAAAUAGAUAGGAGUGCAAAUGUUACUUUUAUCUGUGACAAUAAUAUACCAUAUCUAGAAAUCUGUCCUGAAAAGAAAUUUUCAGUGGAAACUAUAAAUUCUGUAAUAUUAAAUACACACAUCAAUUCAGUUUGUCAGUUAUCCUGCAAAGGACCGUCUCAUGGUUACAUAGAGCUGGCUGGCAAAAAUAUUUCUAUGAACAACACAUUUGAGCUUAGUGCAGAAUUUGAUAUAUACCAUGAUGAUUUACUUACGACUAAUUGCGUGGAUGUGAAGAUAAGUAAGUUUGAUUUUGUACAUAUUCCAAACUGCGGGAAUCAAAUGAGAACUUGGUGUUCGGCGACAUGCCACAACAACAGUCGAUUUAAUCAUCUUAUGCAAGAGGCUAAAAAUUCGCAUUACGACAGCGAAACUUACAAACAUCGAUUUUAUUUAUUUCUAUGGGCGUCUAUAGUGAGUUGGGUCGGAAUGGCUGUCGUAGUUAGCAUAGCAGAUGCCAUCUGUUUUGAUCUCCUUGGUUACGAGAGAAGAAAGGAUUAUGGAAAACAGAAGAUGUGGGGUAGCAUUGGUUUUGGUAUUUUUGGUAUAAGUGCAGGAUAUCUGAUCGAUGUUUUCAGCGGAGGAGAGAGUGAGAAGAAUUACAAUUGUAUAUUUUACAUGAUGCUGAUAAUGAUGAUUUUCGAUUUUAUCGUGUCUACGACAUUGAGAAAGAAAAAUCCUGAAUGUAAUGGAGAUGAACCGUCGCUAUUGUGGGAACUGUUGAGCGUUGUGAAGGAAGGAAGAGUGUUGGUGUUCGGCUGGUGGUGCAUAGGCGCUGGAAUGUGCACGGGAGUCAUAUGGAACUUUCUGUUCUGGUACACGGAAGACCUAGCGACCGGCUAUCAUGUCGCAUGGCUUAAAACUUUGCAGGGUCUCUUAACCGGUGUUCAAUGCUUCUUAGGAGAAUUACCUUUCAACUUCUUGUCCGGUAACGUGCUAAAGAAACUCGGCCACGUUAAUGUUAUGAGUCUCGUGCUGCUUAUCUAUGCGAUCAGAUUCAUGACAUACAGUAUUAUAUCGAAUCCGUGGUUAUUUUUGAUCCUUGAAUUGCUCCAUGGUCCUUCGUUCGGUCUGUGUUGGCCGACAAUGGUGUCCUACGGCGACAAAGUAACACCAUCCGGAACAAAAGCCACUAUGCAAGGCUUCAUCGGUGCUGUUUUCGAAGGAAUCGGAGUGUCGAGCGGUAGCUUCAUAUGCGGCUGGUUGAUAGAUACUUACGGAAGUGUUACCGCAUUCAGAGCUUUCUCAGUGGGCGCACUUUUAUGGCUAAGUGGAUUUUGGAUAAUGGAGCUCGUACUGAGAAAGUUCAAGGCUUAUCCGUUGAGCCAAGGCCAUAAUCAUUUAGCAAAUUACGCUAAUCCGGAUGAUGCUAUUCUCAUGACAAUAAGUCAAGAAUUACAAACCUACUAA